AUAGCCAAGACUUCUUCUGAACAACAAGGAUAAAUCAUACGGAAUAAAUUCCAGGAGUUUUCCCAAUCCAUCAGGAUGAAGUACACGCAGUAUACAUUCCUGGUGACGUUGAUCUCCAUCCUUGAUUAUUGUUCAGCGCAGCCCUCCUGUGCUGUGGAAUCAUUCUCGGUGAAGGCUGACUUUGACCCCAAGAGGUAUGCAGGUAAAUGGUAUGCACUGGCUAAGAAAGACCCAGAAGGGCUGUUUCUACAGGAUAACAUCUCAGCCGAAUAUACCAUAGAAGAUGAUGGCACCAUGAUUGCAUCUUCUAAAGGCAGAGUUAAGCUUUUUGGAUUCUGGGUGAUCUGUGCUGACAUGGCUGCCCAAUAUUCAGUACCUGACCCCACCACCCCAGCAAAAAUGUUCAUGAAUUACCAAGGCCUGGCGAGCUACUUGUCAAGUGGAGGUGACAACUACUGGGUGAUUGACACAGACUAUGAUAACUACGCCAUCACCUACGCCUGCCGCAGUCUGAAAGAGGAUGGCUCAUGCGAUGACGGCUAUGCCCUUAUUUUCUCCCGCAAUCCCCGAGGUCUUCCCCCAGCCAUCCAGCGCGUUGUGCGCCAGAAGCAGGAGGAAAUCUGCAUGUCUGGCCAGUUUCAGCCUGUGCUACAGUCAGGGGCCUGUUAAAUCAAAGCACCUCCAGUCCUGAGUUGGAGCAGAGGCCUGGUCCCUCCAUCCGGACAUUUCCUUUCAUACAUAGCUUGGAUUAGAGUGUUUUCUUGAACACAUCUAAGUGUCGGCUUGUUGUAUUUAAAAAAAUUUUUGUUCUAAUUUUUUGCACUUGGGUGCAACACAUACUGCACGU